AUGGGUGAACUGGGGGUCCCAGCCCCCGGGAACACGGAGGCGGCACCGAGCUGGUGGGACACGCCGGAUGCCACGUACCACACCAUGAGCAGCGUCUCCUGCACUCCUACCUCGUCCUCCGUCCACCUGCACCACCCCUCCGUGCUGACCACACACCAUCCCCACCACCACCACCACCACCAGCCCGCCCAGGGCUUGGAGGGCGAGCUCCUGGACCACCUCAACACCUCCCUCCCUCUCGGGGGGGUGCCGGGCCCGGACGUGGGUUCCACGCCUUCCCACCCUCACUCCCACAUGUCUGCCAUCAACCACAUGGCCCAUCACUCCCAACCUAUGAACAUAACCCACUCCCACGGCCUCGCUUCCCACGCCGGCAUCUCUGGCCCCGAGCCGGAGACGGACCCGCGGGAGCUGGAAUCCUUCGCCGAGCGCUUCAAGCAGAGGAGGAUCAAACUGGGGGUGACCCAAGCGGAUGUGGGGUCCGCCCUGGCCAACCUGAAGAUCCCAGGGGUCGGCUGCCUUAGCCAAAGCACAAUCUGCAGGUUUGAAUCCCUCACUUUGUCCCACAACAACAUGGUGGCCCUCAAACCCAUCCUAGAAGCUUGGCUGGAAGAAGCCGAGAGGGCUCAGAGGGAGAAAAUGACCAAACCUGAGAUCUACACGGGGGGGGACAAGAAACGCAAGAGGACCUCGAUCGCCGCCCCCGAGAAGCGUUCCCUGGAGGCUUAUUUCGCUGUGCAGCCCCGACCCUCCUCCGAGAAAAUCGCUGCCAUCGCCGAGAAGUUAGACUUGAAGAAGAACGUGGUGCGGGUCUGGUUUUGCAAUCAGAGACAGAAGCAGAAAAGGAUGAAAUUUUCUGCCACCUACUGA